AUGCCUAACUGGAACGAAUUACGCGAGGCUAUAACCAAAGGCGAGGUGUUAGCUCCAUGCGAUGAUGGGUACGCCGCGAGCAUCAAGAGAUGGAGCGUGGCAGCGGAAAUGCAAUCGGCUGUGGUAGUCAGGCCGAAAUCUGCCGAAGAGGUCUCUACAGCUGUCAAAUUUGCUGUCGCAAACCAGCUCCCCUUGGCAGUUUGUGGUGGUGGCCACUCCACCAGUGGGACAUCAUCAUCGAAAGGCAUAGUCAUUCAUCUUGGGAACAUGCGCAAGGUCGAAGUUGAUCAGCCCAAUAUGACCGUGUCCUUUGGUGGUGGGUGUCUGUGGGGUGAUGUAGACAGUGCUCUAGAGGCUCACGACCUGGCUACGGUCGGCGGUGCAGUGAACCACACAGGUGUCGGUGGCCUCAUUUUGGGAGGAGGCCAUGGUUGGCUGACAGCGAAACAUGGCCUCACAAUUGAUAACCUCAUAUCAGUUCAGGUGGUCACAGCAGAUGGUUCCAUCCUUGAGGCCUCUGGAUCACAAAAUCCAGACCUCUUCUGGGCCGUGCGUGGAGCUGGUGCUCAGUUUGGAGUGGUGACACGCUUCACAUCCCGUGUCUACAAGCAGGACAAAGUCUGGAGUGGAGUGCUCACAUUUACACCUAGCAAACUACCCCAGCUGGUAUCGUUUGCAACUGAGUUUCACAACCGGGAUCACCGGGAAGGCCACUGCUUGACCAUAGCUGUGGGGUACACACCAGAUGGAGCAAAUCGCAUCCUCUCUGCUAUCCCCCUUUACCACGGACUAGAAGAGGAGGGAAGAAAGUACUUUUCGGAGCUGCUUAGCAUUGGACCGAUUGCAGAAUCUACUAGAAUGAUGUCCAUUGCGCAAGUCAAUACCCUUCAGAACCCAAUGUGCGAAUAUGGUAUGCGCCGCCUCCAGGGCUCUGGCAAUGUGACGAUUCCCCUCGACAUAGUCGCGUUUCAACAGACAGCAGAUGACCUCUGGACCUUUCACGAGGCGAAUCCUGACGUUAGUAUAUCUGCAAUAGCAGUCGAACUUAUUUCGACACACAAGCUGCGCGAAGUGCCUCAAUGCGCUACUGCGUACGCUAAUCGCGGGGAGUACUAUGAUGCUGUUACGAUGUUUGGGUGGACCAAUCCAGCACUCGAUGCUACUGUCCGACAGUUCAAUUCGCAACUCUGUGCACAGCUACGUCGUACGAAUGGGUACGAGUAUGCCGAGCUUGGUGGGACAGACAACACAAAUGAAGAGCCGGUCGGGCGCUAUUUAAAUAUGGAAACAGAUUCAUUGAAACCAGACGAAGCGUAUGGUCCGAAUUGGAAGAGGCUGAGAAGUAUAAAGAAAGAAUUCGAUCCUGGGAAUGUUUUUCACAAGUGGCAUGGGGUGGGAGUUGAAGGGAAAGAAUAG